AUGCUCACCACGUUGAGUCUCGCUGCCAUUUCUGGUCUAGCGUCGUUAGCAUCAGCUAGUGACAACACACGACUCUGGUACAAGACACCAGCUCAAUCCAGCGCCUGGACAAACGCUCUUCCUAUCGGCAAUGGACGUCUUGGUGCAAUGGUAUUUGGUAUCCCUCUGCAGGAGCGGAUUGCACUGAAUGAAGAGACUAUCUGGUCAGGAGGUCAACAAGAUCGCAUAGGGCAAGAUAGUCCGCAAACUGUGUCAGAAGUUCGGGAUUUGCUUGCGCAAGGGCGUGCUGGUGAUGCGGAAAAGCUGGCGAAUAUGGGAAUGAUGGGAACACCACAAUCGUGUAGGAACUACCAGCCUCUGGGAGACAUGGAUAUUUUCUUCGAUGGUACGACUGGCUACGACAAUGCUACAUACAAACGCUGGCUAGAUGUCGAUACUGCCCUGGCUGGUGUGCAAUUUCAAGUCAACGGCACAUUGUACGAACGGGAGAUGUUUGUCUCUGCACCCGAUGACGUUUUCGUCCACCAUUUGAAAGCAACUGGAAGUGGGAAGCUGUCGUUUCAGAUUCGUGUACAUCGACCCGAUAAAGGUGGGAAUGAGGCCGCGGAUCACGAAUGGAACGCAAAUGGUCUUGCGUAUAUGACGGGAGGGGCGGGAGGAAUCGAUCCUAUCGUAUUCACCACUGCUCUGGCAGUUCAAUCAGAUGGUCACGUCAAGAACUUGGGUCCGUUCAUUGUUGUCGAGAACGCUACCGAAGCUACGGCGAUCUUUGCAGCUUCCACGUCAUAUCGCCACAACGACACAAGAGCUGCUGUGGAAAGCACCAUUCAGCAAGCUCGUCAGCAUACCUAUGAAGAGCUUCGACAGCGCCAUAUCGCGGAUUAUGCGCCACUAUACAACGCUAGCGUUCUAGACCUGAGCGGUUCAGAUCUCAAAGCCAGUAGCCUCCCUACUGAUGCACGUAUCAACGCGACGCGCGAGGGUGCUAGUGACCCAGCACUUACCGCUUUAUCGUACAACUACGGUCGAUACUUAUUGAUUGCUUCUUCACGCGCCGGUAACUUGCCAUCCAAUCUUCAAGGUAUCUGGAAUAAAGAAUUCGCGCCACAAUGGGGAUCUAAAUACACCGUCAACAUCAAUCUCCAGAUGAACUAUUGGCCUGCAGAAGUUACGAGUCUCUCCAGUCUCCAUGAGCCUCUGUUUGAUCUGCUAGAUUUAAUGCGCACGGACGAGCAUUACUGGUACACGGGCGACAAGGCAUUCCUAGCCUCAAAGCUUGACGUCGUUACCGAAGCGAUCGCAUUUUAUCUCGACAUCCUGCAGCCGUAUAGCAUCAACGGAACCCAAUACCUCGUCACGAACCCUUCUGUAUCCCCCGAAAACUCUUACCUUGAUGCAGACAAUAACACCUAUCAUUUCGACAUCGCACCCACAUGCGAUAUCGAAAUCCUAAACGAACUCUUCACCAACUACCUGAAUGCCGUAGCCACCCUACCGAAUUACACCGUCGAUUCUACAUUCCUGACACGUAUCCGCGACACCCAGGCCCAACUGCCACCAUACCGCUACUCGAAGCGCUACCCAGGCACCCUACAGGAAUGGAUGCAAGACUACGAGCAAGCAGAACUAGGCCACCGUCACGUCUCGCAUCUCUACGCUCUGUACCCUGGUACCCAGAUCUUGCCACCAGGUGCCCCCGGCUACGAUGCCAAACUCUUCAACGCCGCAGCGGGUACACUUGAGGGCCGACUUUCUCACAACGGCGCUGGCACAGGAUGGUCGCGCGCAUGGACGAUAAACUGGUAUGCGCGUCUCCAAAACAGUACAGCUGUUGCCGGAAACGUCUAUCAAUUCUUCAACACGAGUGUCUACAACAACCUGAUGGACGUGAACGAGGGCGUGUUCCAGAUUGAUGGAAACUUGGGUUUCGUGAGUGGGGUUGCCGAGGCACUCAUUCAGUCGCACAUUGUAGAUGCAGAAGGCGUGCGAGAGGUUUGGUUGCUUCCGGUAUUGCCUGAACAAUGGAAUACUGGGUCAGUGAAUGGUCUUGCGGCUAGGGGAGGAUUCGUGUUCGAUAUCACGUGGGCGGAUGGGGCUAUUUCGAAGAUGAAGAUGGAGAGUCGUGUUGGCGGUACGGUGGUGUUGAGGUACAAGGGUGGAUCGGGUAACAGCACGACUACGAGGUUGGAGACGAAGGCUGGGGAUGUCAAGGAGUUUGACUUUAGUUGA